AUGGGGGCGCGGAGACGGCACGCAGCCACAGGAGCGUCCCCGGCCUCGGAGCAGGCCACUUCCCCACGUCCCGAGGCGCGCGCUGAGGCGACGGUGGCGGACCCGUUCGCCGCCGACGAGCGGCCCAUCGUGCUCUACGAUGGCGUGUGCAACUUCUGCAACGGCGGCGUGAACCUCGUGCUGGACCUGGACCGCAACCCCAGGGGCUCGGUGCGCUUCGCGGCGCUGCAGAGCGACGUGGGACGCUCCCUGCUCGAGCGCUGCGGGCGGUCGCCGGACGACAUCUCCUCGAUCGUGCUUGUGGAGAAGUCGGCCUUCUACCUCAAGUCCGACGCGGUGCUGCGCAUCGGCGUGGCGCUGGGCCUGCCGUGGAGCGCCAUGGGCAACCUCGCGCUCCUGCUGCUGCCGCGCCUCGUGCGGGACCCCGCGUACGACGUCGUCGCCGCCAACAGGUACCGCCUGCUCGGCAUCCGCGACGAGUGCCGCCUCACCGACGGCCGGUAUGCGGACCGCUUUCUUGCGUAG